UUGUAGGUAAGUAAGGACGAUAUAUAUAAUAUCAUAUGGAGAGCAAGGCAAGAUUAGUGGAGAGAUCACAAGAGAACAAAAUGCAUGAGUUUUCAUCAACGGUGUCGUACAGCCCAAGCUUCAGCUGCUAUGCUUCCGGUGAAUUCGCCGCAGCCGCCGUUAGAGUUUCACGUGAGAGCCAGAUGAACUACAAUCGCGCAGAUCAUCAUCGAUCCGUUAGAGUUGACUCCGUCGAUGACGCUGACUUCGAGUUUGAGACCUCGCCGUUACACGAAGAAACCUUUGUCCACUUCCCGCCGUUCAAGAAGGACGCCGUUUUAGUCGUUAACAAGAAGAAAGGCGACGACGACCUCGAAGCCGCCGCUCAUGAGAACAUGUCCGAGAGUUUCUACGGAAACUGUCUAUGGAGUCCGCUCAGAUCCCCGGCUGCUUCGAAACGCUCGGGAUUGUCAACGAGCACAUCGAAACGCCACCGUUUGAAGAAAUUCCUAACGAGAAGCCAUAGCGACGGUGGCGUUUUGGUGCCAAGCGCAUCAAAAGGGUGCUAUCUGAAGGAGUUCAUGAGGAGGAGCCACAGCGACGGGGGCGACGCAAGUAAGACGAGCCCGCCGUGGGUGAAAGGGAAGGACAAAACGGCGUCGUUCAAGGUCGGGGAAGGAGAAAAGAGAAGAAAAUCUUACUUGCCUUACAAGCAAGAUUUGAUCGGAGUGUUCGCCGGAAUUCGAGGAUUUCGUCGUUAAUUAAAUUGGGAAAAUGAAUGAUUUUACAACAACUUGACUAAAUUAUGUACUUUUAUUAUAUCAAAAUAAUUAGGUGCAUAUAUUGUUUUUAAACAUUAUUGUAUUUCAUUUAUACUUGU